AUGAGAUUAGCCAACUGCGCAGGAGAUAUUAUAGUGCUCAAGUGUACGCGCAGACACAAGUGCACUCUCUAUUCCUGUCACUCUCAUACUCCGGUGGGACGACCACUCGACACGACCGAAAAUUUAAUUAAUUUCUAUAAUAUGGACUCGUUGAUAGAAAUCGAUAAAAGCGAAUGGCCAGAGCUCCGCGAUUUAUAUAAACAGGAUUGGCCAAAGAAUGCUGUUGCGUUUUGUAUUUUAGACACUAAAAUCUCCUAUCCUGAUUUAGCGGAGACAUUUAAUUUUAAAGUUUACUGUCCAGAUGGAGAUAUACAUAAUGGAAUGAUUGCUACAAGUGGUAAUGAUGAAUAUUAUAAAUUAAGAGUUCAUCCAUUAAAUGGCGUCAAUAAAAUAGAAGAAGCUCUAGCUACUACUAAAGUGAUUGAUUGGAAUAAAAACGUUAAUGUAGCAUCUGCGAGUCCUGAAGUUGAAGAAUGCUUUAGGCGACUUGCCAUUCGUCUUGGUUUGGAAGUCAAGGGAGAGAUAGCUUUUAAGCAUUUAUUGGAUAGAAAUUCAGAACACUUAGUAUAUAAAAGUAUUCCACAUGAUACUUAUAUAGAUAUAUGUAAGCAUAAGGAUUUAAAUAUCGUAGACAGAACUUGGACUUAUCACGGUAAAAAUACAUACAAAUUUUUCGAAGCACUGGCCAGAAAUCACUUGUUAUUCGUUUUGUAUUCCAACGAUAAUAAUCCACUUGCCUGGGUAGCAAUAGAUGAUGACGGUGCAUUGACACAUCUGUACUGCUUAGAGGAGCAUAGAAGAAAAGGAUAUGCCGAAUAUAUUACAAGAUAUGUUGUAAAUAACCAGUUGAAGAAAGGAAAAUAUAUCUUGGCUUACACAUUGGAAAACAACUUGAAACCUAAAAAUCUAUUUGAUAAACUUAACUUCAAAAAAGUUGAAUAUGAUCAAUGGUUAUGUGUUUAUAAAAUAUUGAAU